UCAACACCAUUUCUCCAUCUUCCUUCCACCUAUCCCCAAUUCAACUCAAUCAACUCAAUCCACCUACCCCCAUUUCAACAAACAAAUAAAUCACAAUGUUCGCCGCCCGCCGCCUGACAAACACCCUCCCCCGCGCCCUGUCGCAGCGCGCCGCCCUCUUCCACAACACCGCCCCGGCCUUUGUCCAAAAGGGCGAUGCCAUUCCCAACCUGGACGUCCUGGUCGAGGACUCCCCUGGCAACAAGGUUAACCUUGCUAAGGAGCUGAAGGGGAAGGGCGUUAUCGUUGGUGUUCCUGCUGCGUUCAGCCCUGCCUGCUCCAGCUCCCAUGUCCCGGGGUACAUCAACCACCCCAAGCUGAAGGAAGCCGGUCAGGUUUUCGUCGUCGCUGUGAACGAUCCUUUCGUCACCAAAGCCUGGGCCACCGCCCUCGACCCCACCGGCAAGAGCGGCAUCCGCUUCCUCGGUGACCCCACCGCUAAAUUCUCCGAAGCCCUCGACGUCCUCUUCGACAGCGCCUCCAUCUUCGGUAACGCCCGCAGCAAGCGCUAUGCGCUGCUGGUUGAGGACGGCAAGGUCAAGGAGGCGUUUGUGGAGCCUGAUAAUGCUGGGUUGAAUGUCUCUGCUGCGGAGAAGGUGUUGGAGUCGAUCUAAAUACAGAUGGAUGGAUGGAUUUGGUGCAGUGAUAUAGACGGUGCUACUGCUGUGAAGUAGGUAGUAUUCAUAUAAAAUAGCUAGCUAUAAUGUAAAUGUAGUCUGUAUUACCGUUCCG